CUGGGAGCCUUCAACUACGUCAGCACUUCCUUUUUUUGGGAAAGGGCAUUUGAGAAAUGUGCAGUGUUUCAGAUUCUGGAUCGUCUACUGAAAUACCUCAAGGAGCGCAACCAUCGUUGUUUGAUUUUUAGUCAAUUUGUCAUAUUUUUAGAUAUCAUCCAGGAUUUUAUGACUUUACGAGGUUACAAUUAUGAACGCAUUGAUGGCAAUGUCCGUGCAGAAGAGCGCUAUGCAGCAAUAAAUGAAUUUCAAAAUGCGGCCAAAAGAAGUAGAACUAGGAAGAGGGGCCAAGAUGAUGGCCCAUGGUGUUUCUUAUUGACGACGAAAAGUGGCGGAGUUGGUUUGAACCUUACGGGCGCAGACACUGUGAUAUUUCUGGAUGCAGAUUGGAAUCCUCAGAAUGACAUGCAGGCAAUGGCUCGGAGUCAUCGGAUUGGACAGGACAAGCCAGUUCGUGUGAUACGUCUAAUUGGUCGGUAUACCGUCGAACAGCACAUGAACGCUCAUAUCCGAGAUAAGCUCAAGUUCACUGACAGAGUCAUGGGUAACGAAGAGGUGAAAACGAGCGCCUUCGAUAUGUUGGCUAUGAUUAAGCACAGUUUGGGUACACUGAGGGAGCAGAAGAAUAAAAGUUACGAACUGUCAGACAAAGAUCUGGAGAGUGUCAUUGGGCAAACCAACGCGGCUGGUGAGUGGAUGCCAAUCAAUGGAGGCAAAAAGAACAAGAUACCGGCAGCGCUACAGCUGGAUCCAGAUGAGGUAGACAAGCGCGAUACCGACUACAAUGAUUAUCGAGUGUUCCAAGGUCGUCAGUUCCGUGUUUCGGCCAAGGAUGAGGCCGCUUUUGAACAGCUUCGUCUACUGAAAUUUAGCGAAUAG